CAUCAUGCUAAAAGUUCUUCGCGCUUCGCGCCAUUUCUGUUUCUGUAGUGUUAUAAUGAGUUAUUUAUUUAAAUACAUUUUAGAGUUUAGUUAUUAAUUGAGUAAUGAAUUUAUAAAUUAUUACACAAAAUGGAAGAAAUUGAUGAACUUGAUCAGCUAGACCAACUGUUACGUGCUGAUAUAAAUGAGGAAAGUAAUAUUAAAGAAAAUGGAGUAGGUUUACGCGAAGUGAACAUAUUUGAAACUAGUGAAGCUUGUGGUGAAAUCUCGGAAAAUCUAAACGUGCCAACGACAUCGGCUGUUCAUAGCGGCGAUACGGACUCGUCAGAUGACGAGGAAAAGAGGAAUUUCACUGAACGUAAGUACAACGACUACGGUUCGCAGAUUAAGAAAACUUUAGACAAUCAAGAACAAGAGAAGAUAAAUCAAAGGAUCGACUUCGAAACUAGACUACGACAAACAAAUAUUGACACAAAAGUAGCGCGAAAUGCAUCUUUUUGUAAAAAAACAUUUCCCUCUGCAAAUGAAAAUAAUAAAAGUACAUUUUGUGUCCCAGAAAUUAAAAGCAAAAGCCCUUCCGAUGUCUAUACCGACCCCAUUUUCGGUAUAAGAAUUACGAAGCCUAUAAUCUCUAGUAGUGCUCUAUUAGACAGAAUGCAAGGACGUGAAGCUGUCAAUAUGCUGAGAGUAAAAAGGUAUGUGGAAAAUGAAGACUUAGCCAAAGACUGGGUUAUUGCUGGUGUAAUUGUCAGAAAGAGUAGUGCUAAAAAGUCACAAAAGGGCAACAAUUUUGUCAUAUGGACUUUAAGUGAUCUGAAGGAUGAUUUGAAGACUGUUUCCAUGUUUCUGUUCCGUAAAGCUUAUAAUGAGUUAUGGAAAACACCAGAAGGAACAGUGGUAGCUGUUCUGAACCCUAAUGUUCUAGAUAGGUCACAGAAUUCUACUGAUCAGGCUUGUCUGAGUGUAGAAAAUUCAGACCGAGUAAUGAUUUUAGGCCAAUCCAAAGACUUGGGUACAUGCAAAAGCAAAAAGAAAAAUGGUGAACCGUGCUCUGCUAUUGUAAAUUUAAGUCAAUGUGAACAUUGUGUUUAUCACGUUAAACAAGAAUACCAGAAAUACUCACGAAGACAAGAACUACAAUCUGCCACAAUGGGUAAGGGUCUGGUCAACUUGCAAAACAAAGUCUAUGGAAAAAAUACUUUUAUUUAUGGAGGUAAAUCAUACACAGCUUUACCUAAGAGUGAUCACAAGAAGAUAAAAGACAGAGAUCAAAAUAGAUUAAUGUCACUCAGUGACUUUUUUAAGUCAGAAGGCGACAACUUGAUGAUGAACAAAGCACCAAUUGGUGCUGGUGCAUUGAAAAAUAACAAUGGACUAUUACACAGCCCAACUGCACAGAGACUCACUGAUACUCAAAGGCUAAGCAAUCUAUGCAAAGCAAAUAAAAAUAAUGAUAUCUCAACAAGUCAAAGUUUGGCAGAAAAAGUUGCAAAUUCACCCACACUAGGUAAAGGAUUUGGUUUAAAAGGCAGUGGAUUAGUAGACCUAAAUAUGUCUUACAGUCAAAGAAAUGCUGAGAAAUCAAAACUGAAUGCAAUUAAGCUUGUUCAACAGAAGGGAGGCAUAGAAAAACAUGAUCCAAAUAACAUUAAGGGAACAGAGACAGGAAAGAAGAGAGCUUUAGAGAAAUUGAAUGAUUUAGGUAAGGAUGAAAAUGACAGUAAAAGGACAAAACUAAAUGAAGAAGAAGGCAAGAAAUUAAAACCCAUCAUGUCCGAGAGAUUCAAAAAGAUUCUAGAAGCUACAUCAAUGCACGAGAAUUUGAUUAAACAGCAUGAGGAUGAUGAGCAAGAAAAAUAUUUCAAUAAACUUGAGAAAAAGGAGGCAAUGGAGGAAAAAAUGCUGAAUACCUUCAAACUAGCCUGCAAAGCUGUGAGGUGUGCAAAGUGUAAAUACACAGCUUUCUCUGCAGCACAGAUAUGUAAAGAUGAAAGGCAUCCUCUGAAAGUUUUGGACACAUUCAAAAGAUUCUUCAAAUGUGCAGAUUGUAAUAACAGGACAGUUUCUCUGGAAAUAUUGCCUAUAAGGUCAUGUAGUAAUUGUAAUGGAUCUAGAUGGGAAAAGGCACCUAUGAUGCGUGAAAAGAAAGUCACUUUAUCCGCUGGUUUAUCUAUUAGAGGCGAAGAGGAAGUAUUCAUAGGUGGGCAGGUAACUGGAGGAAAAAAUAUUGACUUACUGGUGCCUGAUAGUUAAAAGAAGACUUCUAAUUAUUAUAUUAUUUAGAUACAAACAAUUUGCAUGAGCAGUAUUUCCCUAUUUUUUUUUUUCAAUUGUAAUAUAUAUUUUUCAAUUGUUAUAUUGUAUUUUUGCUAUUAGGCUGGUUGCAUGAAUCCUAAACAAAUGUUAGUGACCAUAAUUUUAAAAUGUGACCUAUAUAUUAAAUAAGUUAAUAACAUGGUAGACCCAAAAAAACAAUUCAAUUUUGUAUCAUAAAUUUAAUUUUUUCAUCCUAAAUUAUAUUAAUUUAGUAUUAUUAUUAUUAAACAAUUUAUGUAAUUAUUGAUAUUAAGGAUUUUAACGGUUUGAAAUAAAAUACAAGAUAAAAAUAAA